CCUCUUUUCUUGCCCUUUCUCUGUUUCUCUCUCUCUCUCUCUCUCCCCGCCACUGAGCUGCCGCCGCCGUUCUAGAGGCAAAAAGAAAUGGGGUCGAUUCCCGAUCCCGGUGAGUUGAGCGAGAUGACUCACCCGAGCUUCGAUGAGUUCCAAAGGCAGGCGUCUCUGAUGGCGAGCUGUACUCUGCUCUGGAAGGAGCUUUCCGAUCACUUCACUAAUCUGGAGCAAGAUCUUCUUAAGAAAUCGGACGCACUGAGGCAUAAAAUUCAAACCUUAGACCAUCAGACUAAGGAGUCUCUUGACGAGCUGGAGAAGCGCGAGGUUAGUAUCCAGGGUAGUGUUCAGAUCGCGCUUGGUAAGGUCGAGAAAAGUAUGGAAGCGGCGCUUAAAGCUCUUGAGAAAGACGGCGAUGAGAAUGGUGAAGUCGAUGAUGGCGAUGGAUUGUUGUUGAAGCUGAAAUCAUUCUGUUUGGAAAUGGAUGCUAGUGGAUUUUGGAGGUUCAUCACUGGUAAGAAGAAGGAAUUGAAGGCUCUGAGGGAGAAAAUUCAAUUGGCCUUAGCUGAAUGCAUCGAUCCGCCGAGAUUCGUGCUGGAGGCCAUCUCGGAGGUGUUUCCACUGGAUAAGAGAGUGGAAAAAAGUGAUGGUGGGAAUGAUUUGGGCUGGGCUUGUGUUUUAGUGCUUGAAUCGCUGAUUCCAGUUGUUGUAGACCCAGUGAUCGGGAAGUCAAGGAUUUUGGUUACUCCUAGCAUGAAAGAGCGCGCCAAGGAAAUCGCUGAAACUUGGAAGGCGAGCUUGGAAGAGCGCGGUGGUAUCGAGAAUGUUAGGACACCGGACGUGCACACCUUUUUGCAGCACUUGGUUACUUUUGGGAUUGUAAAGAGGGAAGAUGUCGACUUAUAUCGGAAGCUUGUGGUUGGAUCGGCCUGGCGGAAGCAGAUGCCCAAAUUGGCAGUAUCACUUGGCCUUGGAGAUAUAAUGCCUGAUAUGAUUGAAGAGUUAAUCAGCCGGGGACAGCAGCUUGAUGCCGUGCAUUUUACAUAUGAAGUUGGUCUUGCGGAUAAGUUCCCCCCCGUUCCACUGCUGAAAGCUUAUCUGAAGGAUGCAAAGAAAGCUGCAGCUGCUAUUUCUGAGGAUCCAAAUAAUGCCGGCAGAGCAAUGCACCUUGCUGCACGAAAAGAGCAGUCCGCACUCCGAGCUGUUAUCAAGUGCAUUGAAGAAUACAAGCUUCAGGCGGAGUUCCCUCCAGAAAACCUUAAGAAACGUCUUGAACAGCUAGAAAAGGUGAAGGUAGAGAAGAGGAAGCCUGCUGCAGUCCCUGCCAACAAGAGAACACGGGCAAACAAUGGUGGCCCUAUGCCUCCUGCCAAGGCUGGUCGUUUGACAAAUGCAUAUGUAUCUUCAUACCCAGCAGCCCCUGCAUUUGUCAGGUCUCCCUCGCCCUCUCAGUACCUGGCCGGUGUCCCGCCCUACCAUUCCCCACCCUCAAUGUAUGGCAGCAGAAGCCCACCUGCAAAUCCUUAUACUUACUCACCCGAAGCUGCUCCACAUGCUGGAUCGUUCCCCUCACCUCCAAUGUCGUAUCCUGUAUAUGGUGGUUACGGCAAUGCAAUGGCCUCAGCAUAUCAACCAGCUUACUAUCGAUAAACAUGACUGAUCUCUGAUGAUGGUAACUGCUGAUUCUUGUUAUUUACUUUCCCAAUGGUUUGUCUGUAAUACCUAACCAUGAAACAGUAGCCAUGUAUGUGUUAAUUGUGACUUGUUAUGCUUCUUGCUUUUCGUGCUGAGAAGCCAAACUCUAAUGUUGAUCAAACUUUAGCUGUAGGGUUGAUCGUGUAAAGCUAUUAGGAUGACCACGACACAACAUUAUAAAGUAGAUCCUAAUGUCAUUUGGUCUUUAGUUGUAGAAAGGCUUGCCCUGUUGGUUCUA